AUGUCUUCUCUAUAUUUUAGCUCUUUGGUUCCGAUGACUCACAUCACUCUAAAUAAUGGGAUUAAAAUGCCGGUUCUUGGUCUUGGCACUUUUCAGUCGGAACCAGACCAGGUAGUAAGAGCUGUUGAGAUUGCUAUUGACGCGGGCUACCGGCACAUAGACACCGCAUUUCUCUACUGCAACGAAAAAGAAAUUGGGAUGGCAGUUAACAACAAAAUAAACGAAGGAGUUUUAAAGAGAGAGGAUAUCUUCAUAACAUCCAAGGUGUUACAAUAA